AUGGCGACUUCCUCCGCCGCAGGAGACCGCAAAAAUGCACAGAUCGACAUCGACGACCUCGAACUGCAGGCCCAGGGUUAUACCCGGGCUAUGCCGCGACGAUUCUCUCUACUCUCCCUGAUAUCGCUUUCUUAUGCUCUCCUUGCAACCUGGAACGGCUUUGGCAGUGCCUUCGGUACUGGCUUUAUCGAGGCCUCUUCGGCCGGUUCCAUCUGGACUCUCACCAUCGCCGCGUUGAUGACUGCAGUCACAGGAAUUGGCAUGGCUGAAUUGUCUAGUGCCUUUCCCGUGGCCGGCGCUCAGUACUACUGGUCUUUUGUGGUUUCCAGUCCUGAAUGGGCCCCAUUUGCUUCCUACAUAUCUGCGGGAAUCAGCACAUUAGGAUGGUGGCUAGGUCUUGCUAGCGUGACAAACUUCAUUGCAGCCAUGAUCACUGGGAUUGCCGUGCUCAACCAUCCAGACUAUGUCAUAGAAAGGUGGCAUAUCUGGUUGGUUUUUGUGGUGGUUACUUGGUUGGCCAUUGCGCUGAACGUUUUUGCGACAAAAUGGCUUCCCAUGUGGAACAAGUUUAUUCUCUACUUCUCGGCAGUCACCAUGGUUGUUACGAUGAUCACGAUUUUGGCAUGUGCCGCUCCAAAUUAUCAAUCCGCCAAAUUUGUCUUUUCCGACACCACCAACUCCACUGGAUGGUCGAAUGACGGCCUUGCCUUCCUUCUAUGUAUUGUGAAUGCUCUCUAUGGUUUUCUUGGCGUAGAUGCAGGCGCGCAUUUGUGCGAAGAGAUCCCAAAUCCGACGGUUAACGUACCGAAAGUCAUUAUGUAUCCGGUUAUAAUGGGAUUCGUCACUUCUUUCCCUUACGCGAUCUCGCUGUCGUUUGUGAUCACCGACUUCGCAAAGGUUAUCUCGACUCCCACCGGCCUUCCUCUUAUCGAGGUCUACUAUCAAGCAACAGGCAGUAAAGCUGGCACUUCGAUCCUGAUGGUGGCAUUUGCGAUCUGCUUCUUCGGUUGUGCUAGUGCAAACAUUACCAGUGCAAGUCGACAAAUGUGGUCGGCAUCAAGGGACGACUGUUUUCCUCUGUCAAGGUAUUGGAAGCAAGUCCACCCCCGAUGGCAGAUGCCGCUGAAUGCAGCAUGCUUGCAAGGAACGCUCGUUUCGCUAUACGGCCUGAUCUUCUUGGGUUCCUCGGCAGCAUUCUCGUCCAUGGUUGGGGCUUGCAUCGUAUUCAUGACGACGUCGUAUGUUAUUCCUCAAGGCAUCUUGGCCUGGCGUGGACGAGAUAAGAUUCUCCCGCCUAGAGCAUUAGAUCUGGGGAGAUAUGGUCUUCCUCUGAACGUGCUUGCUUGUGUCUGGGUGGUCUUCAUCGACAUUGUCUACUGCAUCCCUGUUUCAUACCCUGUCACAGUCGAGAACAUGAACUGGAUCAGUGUGGUCACCGUUGGUCUGGUUUCAUUCCUUCUAAUCACUUGGUUCGUGCACCAGAGACAUGUUUUCAAAGGGCCAAACAUCAACUUCGAACUUCUUCAGGCGGCUCGCCAUGAUGAGCUCCUUGGCCACCGGACAAUCGAAGGAGUAGCAAUUGGAGACGACAAUGAGAUCAUCGAGGCCCUUAGACAGCGCUCGAUAUCCUCGGCCAAGAAGGUGUAG